UAUGAUGGAUGUGGAUGUGGAUGGAGACACUUUCUUCAACUCAUACACGUUUGGUAGCGCAUCACUGCCGUUAUAAAGCUCGGAUGCGUCAGGAUAUUUAUUAAUAUUUCUCCGACUGUCUUCGUCAGAAUCAAGAAAGUCAUAUACACCUAGGAUGGCUUGAGGGUGAGUAAAGCUUGGGAUAAUUUUCAUUUGAAAGUGAACUAAUCCUUUAAGGCAAGACUGAGUGGAUGAUUUCUUGUGAGUGGAGUUUGCUCCAGGUAAACAGUUCCUUUCCAAUUCACACAUUUGUAUUGCAUGUAUUAUGAAAGGUUUUUUUGUGUUUUGUUUCAUGGUCAUGACAUCGAACGACUGGAUAUACAACAAAGGUCAGUAAUGUUUAUUUCAUGGCCCUUUGCAGUAUUGGAGUAUAACUCUAGGAAUGAGCUAACUGCUUUUCUGUAGUAACUGACCAUGACCAUCAUCCCACAAAAGUGGUGUAAAACUUCUAUUUACCUUACAUUCAUUGAACUUUAAAAGAAAUCACACACAAUCAUCAGUAUGUUUAAAAAGAUUGAUGAUUAGUAUUUUCAUGCACAUUAAAAGCAAGAUACAAUAUUAUUCAGGGGAGACUCAAACCUUAUGCACCUAUAGCAUCUUGUUGGUUCUGUUCAUUUGUACAAUCUGCCUUAUUUGCCCAGCAAAUCAUAUUAAAUUAUCCUUAGAACAGAUCAAAUUUUACACGUGAAUUACUCUCGCUUCCCUAAUUCAGUAUAUUUUUACAUGUUUGAAAGUCCAAGCUCAGCACAACUGCAGUGUUUUGUUCACUCAGCUAAAUAAUUUGUCUUUCACUAGAAGUACUAUUUUAAAUUGUAAAAAGGAAAAUUCCCUACAGCCUUAAGAAUUAAGCCGUUUACAGAGUCACACAAGUAAAGUCACCUUUUAUAUAGCGCUUUUUAAAAUGCAGAUUGUUUUAAAGCAGCUUUACACUGAUAGCAUUGAUUAAUUUCCAUUGUAAAAAUCAUUAGUUAUUAAUUUAGUUCAUUCAUCUAUACAACAGCUCUUGAGAAAAUAGUGAUGUCAUCGUCCAGCUCAGUUCAUUUUGCAUACAAUGCAGUGUCAAUGCAGGCAGAUCAAAAACGUUGUUGAAUAUUAGGUGUCCCCAACUAAGCAAGUCAGAGGCGACAGUGGCAAGGAACCCAAACUCCAUCCGGCGACAGAAUGGGAAAAAAAAAAAUCAUUGGGAGAAACCAGGCUCAGUCAGGGGGCCAGUUCUCCUCUGGCCAACAGCGAACAGUGCAGGAUUAUGAUUCUGGCAGCAUUAGUGUUACAAAACACAGACUCACAACAAUGUAGAAAUGAAUAUGAGAGUUUUAUUAAAUCAUAAUACUGACAGUUCUUGGUUUGCAGGUGGUUGGAGGAGAUUGUGGAAGACUGCAGCUGAAGCACACACAUACGUGAGUGGAGAGUCAUUGGAGUCCAGAGGAGAAGAUGCUGGAGACACAGGAGAUUAAGGAGACGAAGGAGACAUAAAGGAUCAGGAGAGAUGAUGGAGGAAUAACGUAUACACAAUCCAAAAAUGGAUCAUUCUGAAGAAUACAUUAAAAUGGAGAUGGAAUCUGAACCAAAGAAAUCUUUUUGGAGAGGUCAUCCAUGUAGCAGUCAAACUGGCAUCCUUGUGCUUCUAGGAACAGUCGGCAUGAUUAUUUUCAUGAUCAUGACUUUUGUCAUCUAUUCGAAGCAAGAAAGAAACUUCUCAGAGCUGAAGGGUUGGAUGAACAGCCAUACUUCUGAUCUAACCUCUGUCAAAUCUGAUUUUCAGAUCACAGGUACUGACCUAGAAAAGAAGGUUUCUGAGCUGCAGAAUUUGGUGUCCAACUUCAGUUCAUAUUUGAACAUGUCUGGAUCAAGGAACCCAAUGACUAACGAAGUGCAUGAAAAGAAGUUGUCUAAUAUUGAGACCUUGAUGGCCGAUCUUGGAUCAUCACUGAGUUCACUCACAUCCAAACAAGAGGAAAACCAACAAAAGUUGGAGCACCAACAGGAUCUGUCACACACUGAAGUAAAGAAUGCGAUGGACAGUUUGAGUUUUGCAGUAUCAGCCCUUAGGUCUCACCUAUCAGUGGGCAGUUUUAUGUCAGCUCAUUCUAAUUCACGUAUACAACAAAUCUUGGCUGACAUGUCAAGCUCACUGAUGGACAUGAAGAGUUCAAUGGAGGGACUGAGAUCAUUAUUUCAGUCUGUGUCUUAUAAACUAUCAUUAACCAACUUGUUUACACCAGGCUGUAUUGAAUCUGAUUGGAUCCCAUUCAGCAACAGCUGUUACCUGUUCUCUAGUGAUUCAAUGAACUGGACCCAAGCAAAAGAUUACUGCGAAAAGCAGGGUGCAUUACUCUUAAAAACAGAAGACUCUGAGAAGGAGUGGGAAUUUGUUACCCAUUUGACCAAACCAUUUCAAUACUGGAUCGGUCUAACGGAUCAGACCACAGGCCAGUGGAGAUGGGCAGAUGACACUCCUUGCACCAUGGACAAAGUACACUGGGGUCCUGGGCAGCCAGAUAAGUGGCAAGGACAUCGGGAGAAGGGAGGAGAGGAAUGCGCACAUAUAACAUACAGUGGGACUGUUAAUGACAACCACUGCGCCAUCAAAAUGAGAUUCAUAUGUAAAGUAUCUAAGGAUUCUUAAUAGCAACCUGUUUGUAUGUUACUUCAAGAGAGUGACCAUACAUUUGUGUUGUGUUUUUUUUUCUUUAUUCAUUUAUAAUCAUUGAAUCAAUCAUUAAUCAUUUAAUUAUUAAAUGUAUUCAUAAUAUAAUCAUUUAUUCAUUAUUUUACUUUUAUAUUACUUGUUAUUUUACAAACUCCAUUUCCAGAAAAGUUGGGACAUUUUGUAAAAUGCAAUAAAAUCUGAUUUGUUAAUUCCCUUUAAAGUUUAAUUACCUGACAAAAGUACAAAGGAAAGAUUUCCAGUGUUUUCACUGACCAACAAAAUUGUAUUUUGUAAAUAUAAACAAAUUUGACAUAUCAUUGCAUUUUACAAAAUGUCCCAACUUUUCUGGAAAAACGAUUGUACUUAUUUUCCUUGCUUUUGCAAUGCUGGCUGUUGUUGUUUAAUCUCAUUAGUGUGUGGUUUCAAGGGAUAUUUGUCUUCACAAGUUAGAGAUACGAGAAAGUCUCCAUUUCAAGUGUUUUUAGAGCCACAGGAUGUUGUGAAGCAGUAAUUUUCCAUUGCUUUUGCUUUGGUAUGAUGAAACUUGUUGCUUAUGUUCUGAUCAAACAAAGUACAGGACGAAGUCCAAAAUGGACGAAGACCAGACAAAGCAGGUUUCCGUCAUUUUGACAGAGAAUAAAUUGUAUUUACCAGUGAAAACAAACCUGGAAAGAGACGUGAGGAUUUGAGGAGAAAAACAAGAGAUUCUUCAUGCAUUCCAGUGAAUUAUUAAUUGGAUAUAUCAUAAAUUAAAUAGGAAGAACAAACCUGUGCAGUAUGUUGUCUUUUUUCAUACUAUUAUAGCGGAAUGCAAAGGGACAAAAGAAAAUAAUCAAUAGGAAAAGAAUGCAGCGACUGAAAAGAGCUCUUGCCAUAUAUAUUCUUGCUAUAACAUGACGAAAAUAAACCAUGAAGGAAAACUGACAGCGCAUUCAGUCAAACUGAUGGAUAAGCUUUAUUUGUAGCGCAACCUUAUGAUUCAGUCUUUCUGAAUGGAAGUUCCCCAGACCGGAAGUGCCACCCAUAAUUCAAAACGCAGUAGGCUCAUCUGGAAUAAGGUGGAGAGUGUUUAGUCCUUUGAACACUAGUUGUUGUGUAAGAAAGCAAAAGCAAACCCCUCAAAACUUCUUUUAAAAAAUUAAAAAUAAAGAGUCAAGGCAUAGGAUAGUGAUUAUUUAAAUUCCCCCUGUGGUGAAAAUCAAGUUUUUAAUGUUGUUCAUAUGUCUAUGUGGUGUUUUAAAUAUGCUUUAAGACAAAACAUGCAAAUUCAUGUCUCUGAGAUGACGAACGGGAACAUGGUUUGUGUAACAUUAGAAAUACAUUAUUAGCAGCUGUUUGAUAACAUAGUCAAGCAAAAGGCUAAUCAUAUUAGGGGGGACUUACAAACUAGAGGCAUUUGUAAUUUAGGGGUAAUCUUUAGCUAAAAAAAUAGAAAGUAGUUUUACAUGUUGGCAAAUCAACAAAAUGGAUGAUGCAAAGUAGACAUGACACAACUGUCAUGGAUGCCCAAAAUAGCUGCAUGGAGGCCAUAAACAGACCAGUGAACAGACUCAAAGUGUGGGAAUGUACUAUUUUUUUUAUUUUUUCUAUUUAAUUUUUUCUGUAUCUUACUAAAGGACUAGGGUCCCUUUUCAGACAAUGCUAUUUGCAAGACCUGUUUUGCUGUCGGAGUCGAAGAACUGAAACAUGAACUGUCAUUCUGAAAUAAUCAUUCAACAUCAAUACAGUGAAAUAUGAAUUUACAAAACCUCCUCACAGAGAAAACCAGUCCUGCUUUUGUAGGGGAUGUUCAACAAAAUUACAUUUUUGUUGAUGUUUUGAUUAAAUGUGUUGCAUGACCGAGUAAAAAACAAUAAUGUAAGACCAUUUUCUUCUUAUUGGUGGUUCAACAGUACAACGUAUCAUUUCUUUGUUCAAGAUGUGCGAUCUUGAACAACGGUUGAAGGUCAAAGUUAUAGUUUCAUUGCAGCUUCAAAGGGCUUUAAAUGAUACCAGACGA